AUGCUACAAGUUUGGAGAUCUUCCAAGACGUUUGGGACGAAGAGGUGGCGCCUGGUCAGUUAUAAAAAACUUGUAAAUACAAAGCUUGGGUAUCAAUUGCUUCACACGUCGAGGCUCUCCAACAAUGAGGAACAAAAGUUUCAAAGUAUAAUAGGGAACUCCAUCGAGGAAUUGACAGAAUCCCAAGAAAAAGUGCAUCAUGUGCCCCAAGAGUCUUCAGAAAUGCAGGCAGUAGCUAACGGAAACGUCAAGAAACCUCCUAAAGCCCACAAGAUCAUCAUUUUGAAGGCUGAGGAUUCUUUAUCAAGAAAUAGACGUAUUUUUGAAAAACAGUUACAACCCGAAAUUGAGCCAAUUAUGAACCUGCUAGAUUUUGAGUCACAAAAGAAACAGUUAUUAGUUUUUCAGACCAAAGUUACAGAGAAAGUUCUUAUCGACUCAAUUCACACGAUGAAACCAAGCGAUGUCAAUGUCAGUGUAAAUAGAUUUGAGCAGAUAGCUCAAGACUUGGCAAGUUCUUAUACCUUGAACCAGUUAAGAUUGUACUGCCAGACAUACUAUAAUGAUCAAAUACCGCAUAAGAUUUCAAAGAAAAAACUCAUAACUGAUAUAAUUUUGAGUAAACACUGGAACUUACAGAAGACAUCCAGUAUUGAUCCAUUGAGGGAUGUUAUAACUGAAAAAGUUAUUCAGUUGUCAGGGACUCGAGAUUUAUUUUUACUCCUGUCUUCUGACGGUAUUAUUCUUCAACAUUGGGCCAAAACUGGCGCUACCAUUGCUGUUUCCACUGAGGACUCCCAGUUGACUGUCAGAGCUACAAAAGCCACUGUUGAUUUUAUCGAAGUAAUGUUAGCAAAGAUUCUUGAGAAGAAAGAAACACAAUUAAUCAAUAUGAGCAUAAUUAAAGAGAUAAUGAAUGAUGUACACCUCAGCGAUUUCCCUUUAAACCAGUUAAUGACUGUCAGCAACGUUCAUUUUAAAAAAAUAGAUGAUUCUGAUGAACUAUUUUCAAUGUGCUCUCUAGGGUCUAAUAAGAUAGAACUUGCUAAAAGAUUAUUAGUGGCUGCUUUGAAUUAUAGACCAAAUACAACAGAGAGUGUUAUUCAGCUUACUGAUAAGUCGAGUACCAUCUUCUUCCCUUACAACGAAUCGACCACAUUGCCAUGGAAUUAUCAUGCCCAUGGUCUGUAUCGAUUGAGAACACCGCACAAACGAGUUUCGCAAGAUUCGAAAGUUCAAUUUGAGCCCGUCGGAGAGGAUCUGGUAGAAAAUCUGAAGGGCAUUCUGGAGCAAAUCGAUCAAGUUGAACAGGAAAUUACAAAAAUUGAAGGCUUGCAAGAACAGGAGCAAAUUCCUCAUGAAAAUAACCCAGAUCUCUCGUUUGACGAGCUGGAAGAAAUAGCAUACAAGGAUACCAAUACUGAAUUGAAUAAUGAAACGGAUCAAAUUUUGACAGAGUUCCAGGAGAAUGGUCUCUCAAAUAAAAUUGAUAGCACCGUUUCGGAUUUGACCAUUGAUCCAGCUAGAGUGUUUUCAGCUCUUUCUGGCAUCAAUGGGACCAAAAAUGAUGUGGAGUACGUUGCUUCAUUAGGCAAAGUAUUAUUCCCUAACCAAAACGUUGGUGAUGAUCAUUAUUUUCAAGGGCAUGUUCCUUCAAUCAAACAGUUGGUAAAUUCCUUACCACUCUUCUCUCAACAUGACCCUAGUUUCUCAGAGACGCAAGAUAGCUAUGACCAUUAUCUUCGCAUCAAAUUUUUACCCUCUCUUUUUGAGAAAGGUGAUAGCACCCAGAUCAUCGAAUCCGUAGACAAAGACUCGUUGAAGAAACCACCAGUGGAAUUCUGGUUUCCAAUCCAAAACCAUCAUGAAAAAAAAACAGUUCAGAUCGAAGGGCUACAGGUUGUUCGAGUCAACCAAGAAAAAAAUGUCUCCAUUCCAUUACCUUCAGAAGUCUGUGAUGUGAGAUUCAGUAGCAACGAAACUACACCCAUAGUCAGACCAAAUGAAACCAGUCAAGACUUUUCAAUCUGGCUCAAAGACCAGCCAGGAAUCAGAGAGUUUUUACAAAAUUCGACCAUCGCACUUGGAUCUAGACUCAAUCUCUUAAGCAAUGUAAAUAUUGAGAUACAUGGGGAGACAGUGAAUUAUACCUUCACAGAAAUCGAACAGAGGAGACAAUUAGAACUGAAUUACAGACAACACCUUCUUCAAUAUUCAGCAGUGGAAGGAGGACUACUGGGUGGGAAAAGAACAGAAGUCAAUCUGGUAAAUAUGGCUGAAGCCCCUGCAACUACAGAGUCAUUUGCCAAGUUUUCCAAGGACGUUCUGGAUCUUGUUCGUAUACUAAGUUGUACAUAG